GCCACAGUGUCACUUCUUCUCCCUCACUCCAGCAUUUCUCGUCUCAGUCUGCCGCCGCCGCUGUUCUUCCCUUCCUCGUGCCGGCCGUCGUGUAUUUUCCUAUCCUACGCCUUCCCUUCACUGCUCCCCAACAGGGACAAAACAAGAGUUUGAAUUGUUCCCAAUCUCAGGAGAAGAAAAGAUGCCUCUAGGGCUGAUUCUAGGCAUAGGAAGAGCUUUUCGAAGGAAGAGGACUUCUUCAUUGGACAUUCUAUCAUCAAAACGUGCUCCACGAGGUUACUACAAGGGCAAGAACUGCAAGCCUACUGGUUUCCAUACCCGUAAAGGUGGGUAUGUGGUGGUGCAAGAAAAAUUGCCAAACUAUAUAGUCCCUGAUUUGACAGAUUUUAAGCUCAAACCAUAUGUAUCUCAAUGUCCUAGAGAUGUCAAGACCUCAGAGGCUUCUGCAUUGACUAAGUAAACCAAAUGGAGUAGUGUAAGGUGGUUUCUUUGUAACACUGCAGACUAUUUCUUUGGAGAAGAGUUGGUAGAAAUAGCCCUUCGUUUGAAUGGUCAUGCUUUUGUGAUUAUUACAUUUGCUGUAUUGACUGGCCCAAAAUAUCUGUUAUGUGACAAUGAUACUACACGACUUAGACUAUCAAAACCAUUAAUAAAUUUUUGCUGUUAUUUUCC